CAAGAAUCACGCCUGAAUUUAACCAAGCCAUCGAAGCCAACCUUGUUUUUUUUCAUUGAUAACUUGAACGAAAUUUCUCGGUUUGGUUGUUGUUCACAACUUUCACGCAUGACUGCGCUUGAUCUGCACAAUGCACUUUUCACAUCAGACAAACGAUUCGUCAAUGCUACGCCUAUGCCCGCUCCCGUGACACGUACGCACACGCGUACUCUUUCGCUCACGACAGUCCAAGAACAGUCGCACGAUCCUACAUCCCCAACCUACAAUUCCCCCACCUACCACGACCUACUCUCACGCCAGCCACUCCACCCAGACGGUCCACGACAUUGGGACCUCGGUCUUGACCUCACAGGAGACCCAAUAACAGCAGCAGAAUGUAAAAGCCUCGAAGACCGGUUCAUAAAAGCAAAACUACGUCGUUUAAAGUGGAUAUGUGGGGUUUUUGAAGUUGUUUUUGGUAUAUGGGCUAUAUAUUGCACGAUUCGCUAUUCCCUCGCAUUUCAAACGGCUUUUACGAGCGAUGUACCAAUACGCACGCUUGCGCUCGUGCUAUGCGUUACUUCUGGGAUUAGUGUUGCGGGAGUGGUGGUGACACUGUUUAUACCGCUUCUUCCUAACGAUCGAGAUAGAUUCGUUCGUUCUGCGAGGAUAGUCUUAAAAGGGUGUUUUGUUGUGUUGAUACUUGGGACGGCGAUCGCGAAUCUUGUGUUUGUUUUGGUGUGGAGGCCUGUGGAUAGAUGUGGAUGGGACAUGGAUGUCUCGUGGUCGGCGACGGUUGCGAUCGCUGGGGAUUCGGCAGCGAACCAAUGUCGUACUGCGGGUCUUGCAGCUUGGACGAUCGUUGCGUCCUUAAGGGUUAUUGUUACUUUGAUUACGGUGUUGUUGUACCUUUACUUCCUCAGAGCGUAUUCCGAAGCCAGACAUCCUUCGAGAUAUGCCAGAGAGAUGUACUACCCUCCAUUAAUGACCUCGGAGGGUGUCGUAAACUCGCCUGUAUCCACUAUCGAUUCACCUGUAUCUACUCUCGACCCAUCACCAUCAAGAACGCACUUCAGCAAGCUAAUGCAGACUCGAGCUGCACUAGGAAGGUCUAACUCGACGUUAGCACUCACUAAUUCAACCAUCACCCUCGCGCCUUCCAUCCCCCCUUCCCCCUCCCAUUGUCACUCCUACUCCCAUCUAAGCACCCAAGCCACACACAUACAAUCAUCCAACCCCGCACCUCGAACUUCCAACCCGAUAUGGCGAAAUUGGAAAAAUCUGCGGAUAUCGACAAAAGACCAUCCAAGGCACAAUAGUCUUUCCGAGACACCCUCACCCCGCACGCUUCGCCGGAAGAACCGUAUUACUAUCCCGAGUGAACAUAUCUUGCUGAAUGCGAAUACAUUACCCGGUGCCUGGGAGGAGUGCACGAAAGUGUAUGCCGCCGGUCUUGGUCUCGGUCCUGGUGCCUCAUCGCGGGUUGAUUCAGAGUCAGACCACUUCGUGGGCGUCACUGAAGGUCAGGGUGUGUCUCGGAUGGAGGGCCGCGGGAUCGGGACUGAUUAUGUGGGUCCACUGGCGAUGGACUCGGAGCUAGGUGGCCGAGAUUCUGACUCUAACUUUGCCUAUUCUUACGGAUACGGGGCCUCGGAACCAGCAUACCCCUACCUGGAAAUCUACAACCCUGCACCGCCGGCUAAUGCUAACGCUAAUAACAUCCUUACCCAACAACCCCGAUCAUCCGCGGCAGUCGUAGCGCGGGCAGACAGCAUCGAGUCCAGAACGUCGCCAACGACCAUAGAAUCAUGUGACGGUGAAGAAGACGAACUGAUACCCAUAAUGGGCGGUUUCGUACAGCGGAUGCCUACCAUCGAGUCAUUCGGGUCUCGAGAAGCUGCACUGUCGAUGGCUCGCUCGCGCUUCUCGAGAGUUUCAGUUUCCGAGAGGCAUGCGUCUGCAUCUCCGCGUUCGUCUAUUGAGUGGGCGCCGUCUAUGGUGUCUACGUUGAGCAAGAACAACUCGCUUGGGACUGCUUCUGCUUAUUUUUCUGUGUCGAGUGAUUUGGGGAUAGGUGGUUCUGGACCUGGCGUCGGAGUCAAUGAGCGGGGCGAGUUAGAGGCGAAGAUGACGACAAGUCUGCCUUCGUACAGUCGAUUUCACUAUACCCGAGAAGCUAAUAGCACUACAUUAUCAUCCUAGCGCACAUGCGGCUAAGUGCAGCA